UUCUGUGAAUUUAUUGUCUUAAAAAAUUGGCAAAUAUGGCCAUUUUGACAUAUUUGCCAAAUAUUAGCAUAUGGCAACUAUGCUCUUAAUUUGUUAAGUCACCAACUGUUGGUGAUGACUGUUAAAAUAACAAGAGCACAGCUGUCACCAAUCCUUACACUAUUGGAUCCUUACACUAUUGUUAUUUUCAAUAAUGCCCCAUAGUCAGACGUUGUAGACUUAACCACUGAGCUGCUCACAAAAUUACUAGAUCAUUGUGAAAUACGUAACUGGAAAUUCUGGGCUUUAAAGUCUCCAGUUAUAAUUAAAUGGGUGAUUUUGAAAAUUGUGGUGGCUGUUCAGACAUUUUCAAAUGAGACUAGAACGCAUUUGUUUCAGACCGAUAAGCUGCAGAAGGUUAGAUAACACCAAAUACAUUUGGGUUUCUCCUUAGAAAAUGAUUUGGGCCUCCAGAUUACAUCUCAUUUUUUUUUACCCUAUCAAGUUUGUUUUUCCAUAUGAAAUGUCUUUUCCAACUACACCUGCCCUUGGAGACUGUGAAUAACAGACUUAAAGGAAGUAUCCUUUCCAGAUGAGCUGAAGAAUGUCAUCCUCUUAAAAGAAUGAACAGCUGGUCAUGUAGAAAUUCUCUGGAAUGCUCACUUGUCCUACAAAGGCAGGGGGCAGAAAGCAUGUUUGUAGUUUUUUUGUUAUUGGUAUACAUAAUUGUAAAUCUUUGAGACAUAAUUUUACUAGAAAUCCUCAUAAUUUUAAUAAUUGCCAUUCUCCUGGAAAGAUGGCUAAUCAGUUAACAAUGUGAAGGUUAGAAAGCUGGCCAAGCAUAAUUUAGUGGGAUUCAGGAUUGCUGGCUGGAUUGUCCCGUUUGAUCAGACCAUGUUUCUUAGAUGAAGAUUCAGGACGCCCUCGUGUAUAAAACUUAUCCUUUCUUCUGAUUAGGUUGGUAUUAAGUUCGAAUUUCUUACCAUGACACACAAAGGAUUCGACUCUUGCUUAGCUGUCUAAGCUCCUCUCACUUUCUCUUCCCCUCUUGAAUUCUUUGCUCUUGCCACACAACUAGCAGAUGAGCUAAUCUAUCUGUUCCAAUGUGGGCACAGUAGCAGCCCUUCCUCUUACCUUGGCCCACUCUGACUUGUCCAGCCCUGGUUUAAGUCUUCGUGAGGGUCCGCACAUAGUUGGGGCUGUUUACUAAACGGAUGAAUUUCCCUACCGGGAGGCUAGGUCUCCGUUAUGCUUUAAUUCCCAGGAAGCGGCUUCUAUAGGCAUUGUUUAAAUGUAAGGACUAGGAGGAAGCUGGGGGUAUUGCAUUCCCCAGGUCACAGAUAAAUGAGAUUCCAAAACCAACAUCUGGCUAGGCGCUUGGAAAGAGGGAGCCGCGAGGUCGACCAGGCGUUUAGAACUGUGCCUUGCAGUGUGGGAUCUCAGUACCGGAUAUUAUCCCGGUUUGUAGAGAGUUACUGUUUAAGAGACGAUGAACACCGUAAGGACGGGUCAAGAAGAAAGCCGAAGACGGGUUAGCGCCUCCGGUCGAAGUAGAGAAAAGGCAGGCGAAAUGCGACUUGACGUGGGUCCGCCUUUCUCCACCCGUGGCAAACCCGACAGUCGCACCAUUGCUUUAACAGUCGCCCUCUUUCCAAGAAGAGCUAAUUAGUGACCGUGAGCGAAUAUGCCUGGGAAGACACGAUGUCCUCUCGGCCUCUGUGCGCUCACUUGUUUACCUAGGCGUCCGGGGGAGGCACACUCGCGGGACUCGCGAGCCUCGGCCCCGGCCUCCCGGCUCACCCAGGCUACGACGCUGGUUCUGCCGGCUCUCGGAGCCAAGCGCGAAUCCCCAGGGCUAAUUCCCAAGAACGGAGAGAGAGCACAGCCUGGAGGCUGCCCCCGCCUCCGCGCCCCUGUCCUCACUUUCUGAGGCUGUUAGCAGAAAGCCCCGCGGGCCGGGGAGAGGCGGGACGCGGGGGAUGGCUUCGCAGCGCCCUGUGAGCGUCGGCAUUAGUCGUCAGGCAGCCAGGACUCCUUGGGCGAUCGCCCUGGGUGGAGGAGAGGAGUUUCCGGGGCUCGGGUCCGGGUCGCCUUCCAGGGGAACAAGCGCGGAAGCAAGUGGGCGGCGAGAGGCGGAGCGAGGGACGCGGGGGGCGUGGACGCAGCCGGCUUUGGAAAGGCCCCAAGUUAAUGAGGCGUGCGCCGGUUGCCGAGCGCCUUUCGGAGCUGGGCUUUCCCCCGUGGUGCGGGCGCCAGGAGCCGCCUUUUCCGCUGGGUGUCACUCGGGGGUGGGGAAGAUGGCCCAUUCAAAAGCGCCGCGAGGGGGCCCGGCCAGUGCCCUUCAGUGAGCGCUCGCAAGAGGACGGCAGAGGCCCGGCAGCUCGCGGCUCCGGGACCUUGUGGCGCAUCAGGACGCGGCUGUCCCUCUGCCGGGACCCACAGCCGCCGCCGCCGCUCUGCCUCCUGCGUGUUAGCCUCCUCUGCGCGCUCCGGGCAGGCGGCCGUGGGAGCCGCUGGGGCGAGGACGGCGCGCGGCUGUUGCUGCUGCCCCCGGCCCGCGUGGCUGGAAACGGAGAGGCCGAGCCAAGCGGCGGCCCCUCUUAUGCUGGGAGGAUGCUGGAGAGCAGCGGCUGCAAAGCGCUGAAGGAGGGCGUGCUGGAGAAGCGCAGCGACGGGUUGUUGCAGCUCUGGAAGAAAAAGUGCUGCAUCCUCACCGAGGAGGGGCUGCUGCUCAUCCCCCCCAAGCAGCUGCAACACCAGCAGCAGCAACAGCAGCAGCAGCAGCAGCAGCAGCAACAACAGCCCGGGCAGGGGCCGGCCGAGCCGUCCCUACCCAGUGGCCCCGCUGUCGCCAGCCUCGAGCCGCCGGUCAAGCUCAAGGAACUGCACUUCUCCAACAUGAAGACCGUGGACUGUGUAGAGCGCAAGGGCAAGUACAUGUACUUCACUGUGGUGAUGGCAGAGGGCAAGGAAAUCGACUUUCGGUGCCCGCAAGACCAGGGCUGGAACGCCGAGAUCACGCUGCAGAUGGUGCAGUACAAGAAUCGUCAGGCCAUCCUGGCGGUCAAGUCCACGCGGCAGAAGCAGCAGCACCUGGUCCAGCAGCAGCCCCCCUCGCAGCCGCAGCCGCAGCUCCAGCCCCAACCCCAACCCCAACCCCAGCCUCAGCCUCAGCCUCAGCCUCAGCCGCAACCCCAGCCCCAGUCACAACCCCAGCCUCAGCCCCAACCCAAGCCUCAGCCCCAGCAGCUCCACCCGUAUCCGCAUCCACAUCCACAUCCACAUCCACACUCUCAUCCGCACUCGCACCCACACCCUCACCCGCACCCGCACCCGCACCAAAUACCACACCCGCACCCACAGCCGCACCCGCAGCCGCACGGACACCGGCUUCUCCGCAGCACCUCCAACUCUGCCUGAAGGGGGCAGCUCCCGGGCCAGACAAGGUUUUGAGGACUUGAGGAAGUGGGACGAGCACAUUUCUAUUGUCUUCACUUGGAUCAAAAGCAAAACAGUCUCUCCGCCCCGCACCAGAUCAAGUAGUUUGGACAUCACCCUACUGAAAACUUGUGAUUCGUCUUAGUUUUCUGCAUACUUUUCAUCACGAUGCAGGAAACGAUUUCGACUCAAGAAGACUUUUAUUUAUGAACCUUUGAAAGGAUCGUCUAGUAUGGUGAAUUUUCUAGGAGCGAUGAUGUACUGUAAUUUUAUUCUAAUGUAUUUUGAUUUAUGAUUAUUUAUUAGUUUUUUUUUUAAAAUGCUUGUUCUAAGACAUUUCUGAAUGUAGGCCAUUUUCCAAAAAGGAAACUUUAUUUUCAAAAACCUAUUCCAUAGUAAGUCCUAGUCUUGGAAAAUAAAAAAGGGCGGUGGAGGGGAAAACAUUUAAGAAUCUAGUCAUUAUUCCUGGAGUACUUUCAGAAGGUAUGACACUUUCAUUGUUAUGCCAAGUGAUUGAAAUUAAAACUCCGAUACUACUAUUUUUGAGGAUUUUUGUUUUUGUUUUUGCUUAGACAUAUAGUUUGUCUAGAAGUUUAAAAAAGCUAAAAGUUCAAAAUGGUGUAAUUAUGAAUAUCUAAUGCUCAAGAUAGUUUCUAAAAGGAAAUCAGUAGUAGGGAUACCUGAUUUCAAAAUAUUUAAAACAUAACCUAACUGAUGAUGGUAGGAUGAUUGUAUCUUGAAUAUGUGGUAGGGCCACAUCUACUGUAGGAAAACCUCUUAUCAUCUGUGUGUAAAGGGCUUAACAAGGAGAAGAGGUCUUUCGAUUGAUUUAUGAGUAUAAAUGCAUUUGCUGUUUCAUUUCAAAAAUGUUGUGGAGGGAAAUAGUAUAUUUAACUUGUAUAAGAGAAUAUUUGUGCUCCUGUCCAGGCUGCAGGACCUUUCUCCGAGAGCUUUGCACACUUGAACCACAUUUUCUGAUCCCUUUACUUUGUUUUAGAAGCACACUGAAAAAUCUCGUUGUUUAAAGUACAAUGUGUAAAUAUUUCAAAGGUCUAGGCGUCAUAACUUCUUGUUUUCAUACUGAAAAUGAUGUUGAUCAGAGAAACCAACUGUUUUGCUUUUCAUUGCUCUGUGAGAAAUUUGAGGAUUCUGUUUUGUUGUUAGGUUAGCUAAAUCAGAAAUCGAAAAGGAAAAGACUGGAUAAACACAGGAUUUUCAGUAAGAAAACAACCCCAGUCUUGUCUUAGAAGCCACUUGUUGAGGAGUCUGUAGGGGGAAAAAAGAGGAUGUGCUUUUAAAGGUAGAACAAACCUUCUUCUGUGUUAAAUCAAAAGGAUGUUCAAAAUCCACCAGGGCAGAUGCUACUUAAGUUUAAAUGGAGCCAUAGAUGAUACAAAGUCCUCUUGGGGCUGAAAAUCACUUCCUAUCUACAUGGCUUUACUAACUGGUUUCUGUUUUCCAUUAUCUUUUUCACAGAAAGUCUUGGUCAGUAUUUUUCCAGCAUUUAAAUUGAAACGGUCAGUAUCAGACCACUGCCAGGUUAUGUAGUCAAGAAAUAAAAAUAGAAUUACAUGCUACAGAUGUCUUUAUUCUCCUUCCAUCUAGAAAGGAGUUCCAAGGGCAAAGUACUUUUUAGUGCAAUAGUUAAAUGACAUUUUGAGAUCAUAACUCUUAUCCAAAAAGUUGCAGGGAAAAUUAAAUAGUUUUCCCCUAUUAAGCAAAUGGCAAACAAAACUUAAGUGGACCCCCACUUCCAGUGGUUAUUUAGGUUGCAGUUGUGAAAAUAUGCUGCCAACAUUUAAAAACUCAUUUCAUGUGUAUAUAUGUAUAUGCAUAUAUGAAUAUGCAUGUACAUAUACAUAUAUGAGAACAUGUAUGUACACAUAUAUGCACAUACAUGAAUAUGUAUAUAUGUGUAUGUAUGUAUAUAUGUAUAUGAAAUGAGAGCCGGAUCUAAAGAUUUCUUAAAUCAAGUUUGGUUCAGCUUCCUUAGAAGUACGGCUGUACUUUUUGAGGAGUGCCUCAUAGUACUAUACUUUUAAUGCAUGCAAAUCAUAACAACUCCAAAUGAACCACAGUUUUUUUCCCAAUGGAGGAUUUUUCUUUUAAAUUCUUGUACUAAAAAUUAAAAAAUCCAUACCAAAUACUUUACAAAUUAAGAUUGGUGUAGGUUUUAAAAAAGGCAUUUGUAUGUUGUUAGCUUACAUAUGGGGAUAGGUAAUUUCAUUGCUUAAAAAAAUAUGCCCAGGCUCCCUCUUGGUGGCUGGAUUUCCUUUUUUUCCCCCCAUGGUGGCCAUGGUUCUUAAUAGGGCCACCAGAAUCAUGGUUUCUUUUCUUUUCUUUUUUUUUUUUUUUGAGAUGGGGUCUCACUCUGUCGCGCAGGCUAGAGUGCAGUGACACAAUCUCGGCUCACUGCAACCUCUGCCUCCUGGGUUCAAGCAAUUCUCCUGUCUCAGCCUUCUGAAUAGCUGGGACUACAGGCGCAUGCCACUAUGUCCAGCUAAUUUUUGUAUUUUUAGUAGAGAUGGGGUUUCACCAUAUUGGUCAGGCUGGUCUCGAACUCCUGACCUCAGGUGAUCCACCUGCCUUGGCCUCCCAAAGUGCUAGGAUUACAGGCGUGAGCCACCAUGCCCUGCCCCAGAAUAACGGUUUCUUGACUUUCCAUAGCCCUUGUUCCUUAGUCUUUUGUGAUAUUUAUGUUGACCUUUAUCACUUUCUAUUCUGAACCCCUCUUAGCAUUUAAUGUGAAAUCUAAGAAAUCAGAGAGAAGUAGAAUGGCUUUUAUUGUUUUGACACCUUUGAAAUUAUUAUUAAUAAUUUUUCCAGAGCAAAAAAGCAAACACGCUCAGUAAGUCUAACCAAAACAAAAUAUAAAUGUACAUCAUUUAAUGUCUCAGUGCCUCUAUCUACCUGUAAGAAAAUGAUACAAACCACCUAAGGUAUUUUGAAGCCUGACAAAUCAACUUCAUGGAAAAAGGUAAAAAAUGCAUUUUUCAACCCAAGGAAAAGAUGACCGAAAGGGCAGAUCCAAUAGAAGACCCACUCCUUAAAUAAACAUAAAAUGUAAAAAGUUGAAAAAUUAGGAGUAAUGUUCCAUCUGGAAACUGAACUUUUUAUCCUUGAACUUGUGUUGGCACCAAGCCUCAUACACAGUGAGCUCAAUAACUGUCUGUUGGGACAAACGAAGGAAGGACAAAAUGUGUAACUCCCCAGCAUCUGGGAGAUGGUGUCUCUUGCCUCGCUGAGUGUUCCUUUUAUUUGCUCUCAUGUCAUUCCCUGAGAACAAUGAAUUCUGGGACAGGCUAAACAUCAUGACAAAAUUUCUUAAACAGACUUUCUAAGUGGAAAUCCAUUUAGAUCUGUGUAUGCUCUAUGGGGAGUGCUGACGUCAGAGAGUAAACGUCUAUAAGGGGCCCUUUUAAAAUGAACAUUUUCCUCAUUGGGAUUCUCUAAUCAUGUAGAAAUCAAACCAUCUUUAUAAUUUCACUUCAGAUGUUUAUGGUUUUGUGUUUUUGUCUCCAAUGAUGGUAAAAAUAAAAAACACACAUUACUUAAAGGAGUUUCCCUCACAUGUAAACACUGUUAGGAAGUCUGGAUUAAGUUGAAAGUCUUGUUUUAACUAUUCUUUUCUCUCAUAUACCAAACACUCUGUAUUUCUCUUAAAGAAGCUCUUUAAGAGAAAGCUCUAAUUUUAAAUCUGACAGUAAAGUUUGCUGCAAGUGUAUGAGUUCAAACACAUCCCUUGUUUUCUGUCCCUAGGGGAAAAGUCAUCUGGUGUUAGCUUGGCUCCUGUGUUAAUAUUAUAUUCAGUAGCAGGCUUAGAAGAGUGGUCUAAGACUUGAACCUGGAGCAGUUUUAUAGCACAGAAUCCUAUGAAGAUAGGACUGUGAGCAUUUGUUUUCUUUUUUUUGUGUGUCAAACUAAUUGGCUUUUGCUUUAGCAAUAAAAUGUCCUCAACAGAAUAAAUUUUAAAUGUGAAAAUUAUAGAUCUUGGUAUUGAAUCCAUCAGUGAUUCAAGAGAUACACCUAUUUGCCUAAAACAACAUAAGAUGUAUUAGUUAUGGAAUUACGUGUUGGAUAGGUUCUUAAGACCUGUUUCCUCAAUUCUUGACACAGUUUUCAAGGGUGGCUUUUUGACUUGCAUGGUUGGGCAGAUAAUCCAGAUUUAUCUAAGAUUGGGUAAAAAAAUGAUCUGUGACUUUGCUGGCAGGGCAUUUGCUAAAUGGAGUACAGGAUCUAACAGGGUUUUCUUAGGGCAAUAUUGUCCAAUGAAGGAAGCAAAAGGACUCUGGGUUAGAAGCAUCUGCACAAAAGCUGGUAAGACCUACUCUCCACUGCUCUGCAGCUGGUCAGUUGAUGGCAGGCUGAGCAGUGGGGAAGCAGGUUUUAACAACAGGUAGUCCUUCCAGGUCACUGUAUAUUGAGAAGAAACAUAAAACUAUUUUCUGUUACAUUCCGAGGUCAGCCUUCUUCUUAACGUUUUAUAGUAUACAAACGCCAGCUUCUGGAAAGCAAGUGUCAUCAUGUACCAAAUGCUUUAUACACCAUCACAUUCAUGAAUUUUUUAGCAUGGUCAGAACUUGUGUAAAUAUGUCUCUUAGAUGAUUUUGGGGAGAUGUGAUUUAUUUUUCAUAUUUUCAAAAUGCAUUCCAUUUCAAAUAAAGUAUCUAUUGAGACAACCGA